AUAUCUACUCAUGUUCAAGCUCUUGAGCUCCUAAAACUGAAGAACAAUCGAGUUUCAGUAGAGAUUCGAGCUCUGAAUUUAAAAAUUCAGUUCAUUAUAAUGGAGUCCGCUUGAAUUUGGUCAUGUUUUGGCCUGAAUCGGCGCCGGAAAGCUUAUAUUAUUUCUUCUGAAUGGACUAAAAUAUCCUCAGUAGAAGCAAUAGUUUCACACAAAGCAACUCCGAUCUGAACAAAACGACAGUCGGAGAAAUGUCGUUCAGUCCAAAACGAGCAAUGGCGGAGCUGAGACACUCCGGUUCACUCGGUGCCAGAUCAGCAGCCGCUUCUGCUACUAACUCGCCUAUGAGAAAAGACGACGACGCAUCGCCUCUAAUUACUCAUAACAACGACAACGCCGAUGUCAACGACGACGACGACCAUUACUCUCGUCACUCUUUCUCGAGAGAUCGUGACCGUCCGUUUUGGUUGUCUUUUCUACCUCUCUCUUUUAGCGACGAUCUUAGGGCUUAUUCUCCGUACAACUCCAGGAUCUCGUUAUUUCUGCUAUUUAUUAUCCUUAUUGCCGCAUUAUUCUCCGUCUUUUCAAUAUAUCAUCGAUUAAAUGCUCCAUAUUUGUGUAAAAAGGAAGGGAUUGUGCUUCAUUGUCCCAAAGUUAAGGAACCUGCUUCGCUAUGGGAGAAUCCGUAUUCUGCAACCACCUCUUGGAAGCCUUGUGCUGAGCGGCGGGAUGGUGCGAUCUCAGAUCUUCCUCCAGAGAAUGAAACAAAUGGUUACAUUUUUAUCCAUGCUGAGGGUGGUCUGAAUCAGCAAAGAAUCGCUAUAUGCAAUGCAGUGGCUGUUGCCAAAAUUUUGAAUGCCACCCUUAUUUUGCCUGUUUUGAAACAAGACCAGAUCUGGAAAGACCAAACGAAAUUUGAAGACAUUUUUGAUGUCGAUCAUUUUAUUGACUAUUUGAAGGAUGAUGUACAAAUUGUUCGUGAUAUACCAGAGUGGUUUACUGACAAAUCAGAACUGUUCUCGAGCAUCAGGCGGACGGUGAAAAACAUUCCAAAAUAUGCACCUGCUCAAUUCUACAUUGAUAAUGUGCUACCUCGAAUCAAGGAGAAGAAGAUAAUGGCCCUAAAGCCUUUUGUUGAUCGACUUGGAUAUGAUAAUGUUCCUCAAGAAAUCAACAGGCUGAGAUGCAGGGUGAAUUAUCACGCCCUGAAGUUUCUUCCUAAAAUAGAGCAGAUGGCUGAUUCAUUAGUAUCAAGGAUGAGAAACCGUACUGGAAGUUCAAAUCCUUACAUGGCUCUCCAUCUUAGAUUCGAGAAAGGGAUGGUUGGUCUGUCAUUUUGUGAUUUUGUGGGGACUAGAGAGGAGAAAGCUGUAAUGGCAGAGUACAGAAAGAAAGAAUGGCCUAGGCGAUACAAGAAUGGUAGCCAUCUCUGGCAACUUGCCCUUAUGAAGCGAAAAGAAGGUCGGUGCCCUCUUGAACCUGAGGAAGUGGCAGUUAUUCUUCGGGCAAUGGGGUAUCCUAAGGAAACUCAGAUAUAUGUAGCUUCUGGCCAGGUCUAUGGUGGACAAAAUCGAAUGGCUCCUCUGAGGAACAUGUUCCCAAAUCUGGCGACAAAGGAGGAGUUGGCUACCAAGGAAGAGUUGGAUGGUUUUAGGAAGCAUGUAACCAGCUUGGCAGCUCUAGACUUCUUGGUUUGCCUCAAGUCUGAUGUUUUUGUGAUGACUCACGGUGGCAACUUUGCUAAAUUAAUAAUUGGAGCACGUAGAUACAUGGGGCACCGCCAGAAAUCCAUAAAACCAGACAAGGGGUUAAUGUCUAAAUCUUUCGGAGACCCCUAUAUGGGUUGGGCAACAUUUGUAGAAGAUGUUAUCGUUACCCACCAAACACGAACUGGACUGCCUGAAGAGACCUUCCCCAAUUACGACCUCUGGGAAAACCCUCUGACCCCUUGUAUGUGUAGAGCUUGACCACCUAGCUAAAAGUUUCACCGCUAAUUUAUUGCGACAAUGAUGCAUUGUCUGUUAAAAAACCGCUCAUGGACUGUUGUACUAGGAAGGAAGAAACUGAAGAGCGGUCGAUAGGAAUGGUUAGAAUUCUACAGAAGAUGUUGUGCAUUAGCAGAAUAUGGCUUGGUAACAGGAAGAUUUAUACGGUAACUAGUCCACAUUUUUGUUUUUCUUGUGCUGGGAUGUUGUGCAAUGUUGUCUGAAAAACGAUAGAUAAAAAUAUAGCAGUUGCGUACUAGACAUUUAUUUAUCUGUUUAGAUACUGUAAAUUAUUAAUUGAAAUGUGCAAAUUAUUUGGUUUUUUA